CUCCGGGGUCAGCGGCCGCCGCUCUGGCGGGACGGGGGCGAAUAAAGUUAAAUUCGGGGAGGGGGAAGCCGCUCGUCCUCUCCAGCAGAAAAGAGCUGCUGGAUGUAGAAGGAAAGUAGGUCGUGCGCACGGAAAAUGCCUCUAAGGGACAAGUGUUGUCAGACUGACCACCAUCACCAUGGAUGCUGUGAACCAGCGCAUCUGUUGGAACCUGGUGAUCCUCCAUUAUUGCAGCAGCCUCUGCAAACAUCAAAAUCUGGUAUUCAGCAAAUCAUUGAGUGUUUUCGAUCAGGAACAAAACAACUUAAACAUAUCUUGUUAAAAGAUGUGGACACCAUUUUUGAGUGUAAAUUGUGCCGGAGUCUCUUCAGAGGAUUACCAAAUUUAAUUACUCAUAAGAAGUUUUAUUGUCCUCCAAGUCUUCAGAUGGAUGAUAACCUCCCAGAUACAAAAGAUAAGCAGAGUCAAGCCAUAAAUGACCUUCUUGAAGCAAUCUAUCCAAGGGUAGAUAAACAAGAAUAUAUCAUUACAUUAGAACCUAUAGAAAGUAAUCAAAAUGCUGUAUUUCAAUAUGUGUCAAGGACUGAUAGCCCAGAUGAGAGCACAGAAAGUAGCCAUACCCUCGAUCAAACUCCAAUACAAAUACAGGAACCCAGCACUGAGCAACCCAAGGCUGUUUCAGCUCCAGCCCCAGUCCCAUCUGGGGAGACUGUAGAAUUACCUCCUGCUGAUCCUGUUACAAACAAGGUGAUACCUACUCCUGAAGAACAGCCACCAGCAGUAAAUCCUGACUUGGACUCUCUGGAUAAUUCUGAUUAUGGCCACCAGUUGAUUUGUUGCCUCUGUAGGAAGGAAUUUCAUUCAAGACGCAGUGUACGCCGGCACAUUCGAAAAGUACACAAAAAAAAGAUGGAAGAGCUAAAGAAGUACAUAGAAACAAAAAAGAAACUAAACCAGUGCUCUGCGAAAGGACGAAAUAAGAAUGUUCUUGUAACAUUAGGCAGAAGUUGUCCUGUGUGUUAUAAAUCAUUUGCCACAAAAGCCAAUGUAAGAAGGCAUUUUGAUGAAGUUCAUAGAGGAUUAAGAAGGGAUUCCAUUACUCCUGAUAUAGCUACAAAGCCUGGGCAACCUUUGUUCUUGGAUACAGUUUCUGCUAAAAAAUCUUUUAAGACCAGAAAACAAAAGUCGUCUUCAAAGGCUGAAUACAAUUUAAGUGCAUGCAAAUGCCUUCUGUGCAAGAGAAAAUAUAGUUCACAAAUAAUGCUGAAAAGGCAUAUGCAAAUUGUUCACAAGAUAACUCUUUCUGGAAAGAACUCUAAAAGAGAGAAAGGACCCAACAAUACUACCAAUGGCACAGAAAUAAAAGUUGAACCAGCAGAUUCUGUAGAACCUUCACCCCCUUCCAUUGCGCUUUCUCCACAGAAUGAAUUAAAGGGAACAAAUCAUUCAAAUGAGAAAAAGAACACACCAUCAGCACAGAAAAAUAAGGUCAAACAGGACUCUGAAAACCCUAAAUCAACUUCUAAAUCAACCAGUAAAUCAACUUGCAAAUCAACCACUAAAUCAACCCCUAAAUCAACCAAUGCAUCUGCUGCAGGUGGCCAGCAAAAAUCCAGGAAGCCAAAACUUUCAGCUGGCUUUGACUUCAAGCAGCUUUACUGUAAACUCUGUAAGCGCCAAUUUACUUCUAAACAGAAUUUAACAAAACACAUUGAGUUACACACAGAUGGAAAUAAUAUUUAUGUUAAAUACUACAGGUGUCCACUCUGCUCUUACGAAACACGUCGCAAGCGUGAUGUGAUAAGACACAUAACUGUGGUGCAUAAAAAGUCGCCUCGCUACCUUGGGAAAAUAACUGCAAGUUUAGAAAUAAGAGCAAUAAAGAAGCCAAUUGAUCUUGUUCUAAAUAAGGUGACAAAAAGAGGCUCUCAGAGGGAUGAAACAAAACAGAUUGGUUCAAAACAGGAUGUCACCUCUAAUUCUCCCAAUAAAAAGUAUGAAGGAGCUGAUGUUGGCAUUGAAGUGAAAGUAACAAAAAACUUUUCUCUGCACCGAUGCAAUAAAUGUGGGAAAGCAUUUGCCAGAAAAGCUUUUCUAGAACAUCAUAAGAAAACCCACAAAGCAAACGUAUCUCAUUCACCUGAAGAAAGUAAAACCAAAGGCAGAAGUACAAGAUCUAAAGCUGUUGUCUGUGUGGUGUUCGUGGAUUGUUUUCUCCUUAGUCAUUAAAUUGUUGUUUGGAGAGG